GGAGGAGGACGUGCCCCAUCAUACGUUCCCUCUUCCUUCAGAAAGAAAUAUUCACGCGAUACUCAGAGGCAUACCCGCAAUGUUUUCGGAACAGGAGAUCAAAGGGGAAUUAGAACAGAGGGGAUAUACUUUUCUCGACAUUAUCCGGCUCAAACGCAGUGGCGGCGCACCCAUGCCUUUGGUGGUCGUGAUACUGCCCAAGAUUGAAAAGUCUCAGCAGGUGUUCAAUAAACAUGAGCUGCUGGGUUCAGCAAUCAGAGUUGAAGUUCGAAAGAACUCUAGACUUAUUGGGCAGUGUCACCGCUGCCAAAGGUAUGGUCAUGCGCAGUCUUACUGCACAGCCCCUCCCAAAUGUUUAAAAUGUGCUUCCGACCACAUGACACAUUUAUGA